UUCACCUGGAAAGGUUCAGUCCAAACUCACUGCAUAUGGACUGACUGAAAUGACAAUUGCAUGUUGAUAUUAGCUGGGGGGAAAGAUUAGAUGAUUACUUUCAAUGGAUUCCCAUUCAACUGAGUGCACCGAGCUUAUGAACAUCAUUUGAGCAGAAAAGGCAUUUCAUAUUCUCGCUUGAAGACACUUCUUCGGAAGAAGAAUGGCGCUGACCGAUGCCGAGUUUGGACUGAAGGGCAGCAGUGUCAUCAGGGAAUGGAGCGGAGAGGUCCAGCCAGCUCUGAUAGCAUCCUUCAUCAUCCUCUUCUUCCUCGAGGCCUGUUUGUGGGUCAGGAACCUCACGUUCAAGAGGCGGCUGCCCGGACCGUUCGCCUGGCCUUUGGUGGGGAAUGCCAUGCAGCUGGGGCAAAUGCCACACAUGACCUUUUCCAAGUUGGCCAAGAAGUACGGCAACGUCUACCAAAUCAGACUGGGCAGCAGCGAUAUCGUGGUGCUGAACGGAGACUCGGCCAUCCGGCAGGCACUCAUUCAACACGCCAGGGAAUUUGCCGGGCGACCGAAUUUCGCGUCCUUCCAGAUGAUUUCCGGGGGUCGCAGCAUGACGUUCAGCAACUACAGCAAACAGUGGAAAGUUCACCGGAAAGUUGCCCAAUCGACUCUGAGGGCGUUCUCGUCCGCAAACAGCCAAACCAAAAAAGCAUUUGAGCAGCACGUUGUCGGAGAAGCCAUGGACCUGGUGCAGAUGUUCCUCCGGCUCAGCGCAGAUGGACGAUACUUCAAUCCGUCCCAUGAAUUCACAGUCGCCGCUGCUAAUGUCAUUUGCGCGCUGUGCUUUGGGAAACGCUACGGCCACGAUGAUCCGGAAUUCAGGACACUCUUGGGACGAGUGGACAAGUUUGGAGAAACCGUCGGAGCCGGUAGCUUGGUGGACGUCAUGCCGUGGCUGCAGUCUUUCCCCAAUCCUGUAAGGAGCGUCUAUCAGAACUUUAAGAUCAUCAAUGAGGAGUUUUUCGCUUACGUGAAAGACAAAGUCGUGCAGCACCGCGACACAUACAACCCCGGCGUCACCCGUGACAUGAGCGACGCCAUCAUUGGUGUGAUCGAGCAUGGCAAGGACAGCUCGCUGACGAAAGACUUUGUAGAAGGCACGGUCACCGAUAUCAUCGGCGCAGGACAAGAUACUAUGUCCACGGUCAUGCAAUGGAUACUUCUACUUUUAGUGAAACAUCCGUCAAUCCAGAUCAAACUUCAAGAGCAGAUUGAUAAAGUCGUCGGGCGCGACCGUCUCCCUUCAAUAGACGACAAAAGCAACCUUGCAUACCUGGACGCGUUCAUCUACGAAACCAUGCGCUACACCAGCUUCGUCCCGGUCACCAUUCCUCACUCCACCACUUCAGACGUGACCAUCGAAGGUCUCCACAUCCCCAAAGACACCGUGGUCUUCAUCAACCAGUGGUCCGUCAACCAUGACCCUCAAAAGUGGCAAGACCCUCAUCUCUUCAACCCGUCAAGGUUCUUGGACGCAAACGGAGCCCUGGAUAAAGACCUCACCAACAGUGUCAUGAUCUUCUCAUCGGGUAAGCGAAGGUGCAUUGGUGACCAGAUUGCCAAAGUGGAGGUUUUUCUGUUCUCCGCAAUCCUGUUGCAUCAAUGCUCGUUUGAGAGCAACCCGUCCGAACGUCUCUCCAUGGACUGCACGUAUGGUUUAACACUGAAGCCUCUGCGUUACAUAAUCUCCGCUAAACUCAGAGGGAAACUCUUUGGCUUGGUUUCACCAGCAUGAGUAAACAUCAUCAGUUACUCGCCCUCAUGCUCAUUCUGUGACUUAACACCGGCAAAGACGGACAAUACUGCAAAUGUACUCCACAUAAAGCUGCACUGAAUGCAUAUUUAAUAUUUAACAAAUACUCAAACGGUUUACAUGUUUGCAAUGAUUAAAUCAGCAGAUUUAUUCACAUCCAUAGAAUAGGCUGUCAGGUCUUUGAAGGUGCUCUGAUAUAAGUAUAAAGAUGAGAUCAUCUUCAAUCUAUCUUUAAAAGGAUACUUCGGCAAAAAUGGAUGAAACCCUCAAACCAGACUUUCUUGCCUCGGUGGAACACAAAACAUGUCUAGCCGAAUGUUGGGCUUAUUCACCAUUUUACAUGGAUGUUAAUGGUGACUGAGAUUUGUGCUUCACCGUAGAAAGAAAGCCAUACGGGUUGAGUUCGACAUGCACGGUGAGUCAAUGUCAGAAUGUCCAUUUUUGGGGAAAUUUUCCUUUUAAAGAUUCUGAGCUAUAUUUUGUUUUCUUGUGUGUACUAACUUACCUCAAAGCAUCAGUAUGAAACGUUCAUGGUCAAAUGCUAAGCAGCUAUCACUGCACAUUAUUGGAUAAUAUCAUGCAAUUGUUUGUUUGUUAUUGAGUCAUGUUAAUGUGCAACAGCUGUUUGUUGGGCUGCAAGGAGUUUCACUUCCUUUCUAUCAUCUUGACUCAUUUUAAGCAUUAAACCAUGCUUGCAAUAAGCUGUAUACAGUCUGAUUAUGUAUUUCAGGUAUUUUAAGUACUAGGCAAAUAUUUAUACAUAUUACACAAUAUUUUAUUUCUCUAUAAAGUCUAUUCUUUAUGCAUUUGUAUUUUAUGUAAUGAGGCUCUACAAAAGCUGCAAGCGUCACUUGAUGAGUUAUUAAAGUCCGUAAAUCUCAUUUUAGCCAGUUAAUGUGCAAUAAAUGCCUUGCUGUGACCAUGCAAUAAUGCUCAACAUAUCAGCCAAUGAACGAUGAACUCACCCAACGUAUGUACAAAAUAAAAGCUCUAAAUCAGAGCUAUUCCCAAGAUACGCUUCUAUUCUGCAUUACAUACAUUAUGGGAAAUGUUCACACCGCAAGUGCAUGUUUUCAGGAUUUUAUACAUUUUCUAACGCCUUCUAAAGGCGUUGUUUUUUUUAAACGUAUUCAUGGAAAAUAAGCUACAUCUGUAAUGAAUAAAGUGAUGUUUUA